UUUUAAAUAAUUAAUACAACUUUAAUAACAAAUAAAAAAAUUUUAAUAAAAAUACAAGUGUUUAUUUGCAGAAACAAAUUAACGUGCCAUUAACGUAACGGAUUUUUAAACAAAUUCAAAUAUUUAACGGAUUAAUUAUUUCAAAAUUAAAACGGAAUAAAAACCCAGCACAGUUAAAAAUUGUGUGUGUUUUUAUUUAUGUUCAUCCAAAACUUCGGACGUUACAGUUUAAAUUAAGGAUCUUAAAACUAUCUCUACCUGUCUCCUAUUUUUCACCCCCUCAAAAAACCAACACACACAUCUUUAAACACAAUGGGACGACAACAUAGGCGAUCGAAUUGGCUGGCGUUAUUUUGUUUAGUGUUAACCCUAAAAAAUGCCUACUGCGAUGGACCACAUGUGGAUUCAGCUUCUCUGCCUUUGGAACACAGAUCCGUUUAUGGAGCACCUGCACCCUCACCAGGAUAUGGUGCACCACAAACAGCAUUAGCAGCAGGACCUAGCAAUGACAUCUCAGACGAAGCCUGGCCGUUGGCGUCAACAAACGACAGUCCCCAGAUUAAACACUUGCAAGUGCAGUGUGAAAAAACUCAUAUGCGUGUGAAUAUUGAAUUCGAUCGUCCCUUCUACGGUAUGAUAUUCUCGAAGGGCUUCUACAGUGAUCCCCACUGUGUGCAUUUGAAACCCGGCACUGGUCACUUGAGUGCCACUUUUGAGAUAUUCCUUAACAGUUGUGGCAUGACCAGUUCGGCGAAUCAUAAUGCUGCUGGUUAUGGUGCACCCACACCAUCGGGUAGUUAUGUGGAGAAUACCAUCAUUAUUCAGUAUGAUCCCUAUGUGCAAGAAGUCUGGGAUCAGGCCCGUAAAUUGCGUUGUACUUGGUAUGAUUUCUAUGAAAAGGCUGUGACUUUCCGUCCAUUCCAAGUCGAUAUGUUGCAUGCGGUAACGGCCAAUUUCUUGGGUGAUAAUCUGCAAUGCUGGAUGCAAAUUCAAGUGGGUAAAGGUCCCUGGGCCUCUGAGGUCUCUGGUAUUGUGAAGAUUGGUCAAACUAUGACCAUGGUCUUGGCCAUUAAGGAUGACGAGAACAAAUUCGAUAUGUUGGUGCGCAACUGUGUGGCACAUGAUGGCAAACGUGCGCCCAUACAAUUGGUGGAUCAAAAUGGUUGCGUGGUGAGACCAAAGAUUAUGAGUAAAUUCCAAAAGAUUAAAAACUUUGGACCUUCUGCUUCCGUGGUGAGCUUUGCCUACUUCCAGGCCUUUAAGUUCCCCGAUUCCAUGAAUGUUCACUUCCAAUGUGUUAUCCAAGUAUGUCGCUACAAUUGUCCCGAACCUAAGUGCGGUCCCAGUCUGGGCGGUGCUGACUAUGGUGUACCACAAAUCGGUGGCAAUGCCUUAUCAUCGGAAUAUGGUCCACCAGAAGCUUAUGAACGCGGAGAUUUCGGUUUAGGUGGCAUACCACCAGCAGCAUAUCCCGAUCCCAGACAUCCAACGGCCGAUGUUACUGGAGCUUACUCCGAAAACCAACCUGAUGUUGUUCCCUCGCCACAAGCUCAAACUGCUGGCGCCGAAUCUGGACCAUCUAGCUCCCAGUCUCCCGCCCAAAAUAUCAAUGAAUUGCAUAUGCCACCUCCCCCACUACCCGGUCAAUCUGGCCAAUACAACACAGUUAAGCGUAAAGAUGAUAUAGAAGGUGGAAAUUUAGUUAGCCUCGGUGGACGUCCUCGUUCCGUAGAGGGUCUAGACGAUUUGCGUGGCGUGCGCAGACGUCGUGAUACCAUCGAUAUUGUUGUUAAACCCCGUAUCUAUAAGCGUGAUACCCAAGAAAUGACCGAUGUCAAUACGAGUCGCAUUAUUCAAGUCGUUGCUCCCGGUGACGUUAACUUUGCUCUAAACAGCAAUGCCAACAAUGAAACAGUGGUCAUACAGUCAGCCCGCAAUGCUGAUCCAGAAACGAUUUGUAUGUCUGUGCCCAGUUUCGUGGGUGGACUUGUUAUGCUCUUACUUGUUUUGGCUGUUGCCUCCCUAGUCGCCGCCUUCUUGUUUGUACGCGUACGGCAUUUCGAUCGUAAAGGAGCUCCCAUGGGUUAUCAUAACUAAUAGUCCUCUCAUAGUUAGUGAUGUUAUUUCCUAAAUCUCCUCCCACGUUUCACUUCACCAAUAAGCAGUAUAGAUACCAAUAAUGAAAACUUAAGAACGGCGUUCUCUACGAGAGUAUUUGUUUCGUGCGUUUAGAACGUUUUCCCAAAUCUGUGUUUUUCAUACGAUUACAUUUAUUUAUUUAUUAAUUUAUUUAUUAGCAUCAAACAUUUUCCACCUUCCGCCUUUACAAAUAAAUUAGUUGUUAUACUUUGCAUUUCGGUUUAACAAUCUAUUUAAAUCCAUUUUACCUCUAAUAAAAACAAAACAAAAAAGUAGUGAAGUCCUUUUUUUCUUUCAACUUUAAAAUCAAGAAAAGGAUUUCUUUUAUUAUUUAUGUAUGUGUGUAAUUUAUUUAUUAUUUAACUUAAUUUAUUAUUUUGUAUUAUUUAUUUCCGUUCUGAUUUUUUUUUAUUUAUUUAAGUAAGUUUCGAAAAAUUUAACGAAUAAAGCAAGUAAAAAACGAAA